UAUGCUCCAUUGAAUAUCUAUGUUUAUGAAUGACUCGUGAGAAAGCAUGCAAGCAAUGUCUGUAGUGUUGUGAAAGCGACGGAAACGGAAAGAAAUAGUCGAUUUUCGUGAAAGACUAAUCUAUAACUCAUGACUCGGAAUUUUUCUAGCAUUAAUUAAGUUUCUUACACCCUAUCUGUGUUGCUGGACGAUUCUUUUAACAAGGAAAGUAGAGAAAUUCAUUUAAAUUCACAUGUGUUAAAAGUUAUUAAUUUAUGAAAGAAAAACAUAUUAUAAUUGUGAACAAAUAGAUUCAAAUGAUAUCAUGGGACAGAGGAACGAAGAACCAGAGGUGACAACUGUAAAAUCUAAAUUAGUGGUGGUCGGAGAUUGUGGGUGUGGCAAAACUUCUAUGAUCAAUAGAUAUGUGAAGGGACUCUUUUCAGAGACAUAUACAGCAACUGGUUUUGAUACCUACACAUCAACUUAUCAUGUAUCAGACACAUACAAGAUACACAUGUCAAUAUGGGAUACGUCGGGAGAUGCCGGAUACAAUAGAGUGAGACCGUUGUCGUAUAGUGAUGCAGAUUUAGUUAUAAUAUGUUUUUCUGUUGGAGACCCAGAAUCCAUGGCAAACGUUGUCUCAAAGUGGAUAAUCGAAGUACGAGAACAUUGUCCGAAACAACCUGUUAUAUUGGUGGGUUGUAAAACAGAUAUUCGUCCAGACAUACCAAAACAAGAGGAAGGAUCAAAGAUAGUUAAUUAUGAUCAGGGUCUGAAAACAGCAAAGCAUAUAGGUGCUUUAGUGUAUUCUGAAAUUUCUUCAAAGACUUCUCAGCGAAGUGUUAGUGACGUUAUAGAAGUAGCAGCAUUGUCAUCUGCCGGAAAUAAAACAUCAGCAGAAAGUCCUAGUUUACGUCGCCAGAGAUCUUUCAUAAGACGUAAAAGAUUCAGUGGAAUGGGAGAGGCUAAAAUGCAUCUGCGAAAAGAGGCAGCGAAAAGUUGUGUUGUGAUGUAAACUGGUGUAUGAGGCCAUUCAUACAUUAAUUCCUAGUCAUACCAAAGAGACAACAUGCUCAUUCAUUAUUUAUUUUUCUUGAUUUCAUGUUAUUUAUUUAAAACACACAAAGAGUACCGAAAAUGUAACCGGAAGUGCUUAAGUGGAAGAUGUAAUAGGUGCUGUCAUCAAAUUCAUUGUUCAUUAUUUGUGCUUUUAUAUGAUUAUAUCUUGAGUAGAUGUAAUAUAAAAACAAAAUAGUAUGUUGUAUUACAAAAUAUUUGCUGUCUGUGAUACAAGAAUGAACAUUAAUGAUCUCAGUAAAUGGGUAGAUUGAAUUUCCAUGUGCAAUGAAUGAAAACUGCUAUGUUAAAAUAGGAAUGCCUUAAGAUUUUAAGAGAGAACUUAUUGCUAUAGUUUGAUCAAGAAGAAACAUAUAUAUGAUUAGUAUUAGAAGACAAGUUUGACAAAACAACACCCAUCCAUUGUUGCAGAUUCGCCUUGCCAAAUUGUUUUAUUUAUUAUUGCACGCUUUAAUGCAAAUAUAUGUACUAGUUUAACCUCCAAUUUAUAUUAUAUUUGACCUGGAAGGUUUAAUGUUAACAAAAUAAUAGAUUCACUAAAGCAGAUUUUGCACUGUUGGAUGGUGGAGGUUGGAUACCUGUUUUCAAUAUUUAUAAUUUUUCACACUUUUUAAAAGCAACUGCAAGAUGGAAGUGGAUUGUUAUUUUUUCUUUGCUAAAUAGUUGACAAGGAGGAUUUGUUGUCUUCCUUUUUCAUGGGAGUUUAAGAAUCUUAUCCAUUAAAAGUGCAAUCAUAUGUCUGAACGUUUAUUAAUUAUGUGUGAGAUUUAUGUGUGUGUAACACAAUUAUGUAUUGGUGAGAGUAGUUGAUUCAGACUGGUGAAAGUAAAAUAUUGAGUCAUUGUUCGUAUCUGUCUCAUGUUCAACGGGUAUAUUGGUGAUGUUGUUAAAGAUGCAAAAUUCUGAUCAUAUAGAGAAACAACUAAUUCUUUUAAGUGAACAGAAUUUCGCAAAACAACACAAAUAUAUAUUUUGAAGCAAAGUCUUUCAUACGGUUCAAUUGACAUGAGUUUGUCUGAGUGAUAUAUUUAUGAGUGAUCUGUACAUUGUUAUUUUUGCAAUAAAAAUUGCGAACCUA